GCGUGCAGCACGCGCCGUAGGCAGGCGGAGCCAGGAUGCGGCGGCUAAGCGGGAGCGAAGCCGGGUCGGUGAGGGUUUGCCGCCCGCCGGAGGUAUCCGGACCCCCCAGCUUCUCGACACAGGCCGGCGCCUCAGAAGGGUUCAGUUACGUGCCGGGCGCGACCGGCUAUUGGUGUGCUGACUCUUGAAACACAACCUCAGAACGGUGUUGUAUGAGCCACGCGGGCCAGUCGAUUCUAGCUUUGCAGGAGGGGCUGUUGAGACUGAUUUCAGUCCAACUGAUGAAUCGCAAUGUGGCAUCAAGUGAUUUGUGGAGACAUAUUCCAUCAGUGUUCUUCAGCUGAGGACUAUUCCUGAAAUCCUGUUCUACUGACCCUGGGGCAGUGAAUGCAGUAUGGCAAGUGGAUCGGAUGAAUUCUCGUGUGACCAGUUUCAGGCUGAGGGCAGGUUGGAUCUGGAGACAGAAGAGGAGCUAGAGCUCCAGGCCCAGGAGUACGUGGACCGAAUCUGGAACCCUGACCUAUGUGGCCCCAGGCCCCCCAGCUGCCCACCGGAGCUGAGCACGGAGUGUCAGCCCCGCAGCAGCAGGUCCAGCGCUUCUGACCUGAGCGUGAAGUUGCGAUCCAGUCAGGUGCUGCCGACUGACAACGUGCAGUCCAGCCUGCUCUCCCUCCCCUGGGAGAUCAUCCUGGAGAUCUUCUCCUAUCUCGAUGCCAGAUUUGUGCUUGGCGUCCUCCCGUUGGUGUGCCGAACAUUCCAGUAUAUCCUGACUGAUGAGGUGACCUGGAGAAUCCGAGCACAGAAGAUCCUUGGCUUGAGCUACCCAAUAUUGGAAGGUAAAGACUUUGAUUGGCCAACUGCAUGCAUUGAGCUCGAAGAACAUCUUUCCCAUUGGUCAGGCACGAAUCCCAAGGUGGAGCAUUUUACACUGAAUGAGGGGCACUUUGCCUCGGUGGACUGUGUGCUGCUGAUUCAGAAUGCUUCGCUCUGUAUUUCGGGAUCCAGGGAUCGGAAUGUUAACAUUUGGGACCUAAGGCGUUUGUCCCAGGAUGAUGAGAAGGUUCUGGUGAAAACUCUUGGACGUGAACAACAGGGAACUCACAGGGGCUGGGUCUGGGCUCUCGCAGCCCAGGACAAUAUGCUGUGCUCUGGAUCGUGGGACAGCAGUGUCAAGCUCUGGGACAUGGCUUCAGAUGGUGCAGCAGUCCGAGACAUGAGCGGGAAAGCGGCUGUGCUCUGUUUGGUGUAUCUUCCCGACGUCCUGGUAGCGGGAUCAUAUGAUAAGCUGGUCACCAUGUACGAUCCACGAGUCGAUAACCCCGUGGUGGCCAGAUGGAAGCUGCACUCCAGCGCUGUUCUCUCCCUGGUAGCCGAUGAUCGUUUUGUACUGUCUAGUAGUGAGGACAGGACCCUGGUGGUAGUAGAUCGCAGAACUAAUCAUGUUCUACAAAGGCUGCAGUUUGAUUCUUACCUGUUGAGCAUGUCAUACGAACGUGGUGAGCUUUGGGCCGGAGACAGGUGGGGUUUGGUCCACAUCUUCGACCAACAGGAUGGCAAAUUCCAGCAUGUCAAGUGCUUCAAUGUUGGCCAUCGUUCCCAGCUUACGGGAAUCAGACAUUCUGUAGGCACCCUGUACACUUGUUCAAUGGAUAAAACUAUUAAGGUGCACGUGCCAACGGCGCCACCUCACACAAUUUGCACUUUACCACACAAUGAUGUCGUGAAUGGGAUAAGUGUGGAGAAGGACGUGUUGGCAGCAGCUUCUGGAUCCAUGUCUGUGGAGAUCUGGAGAAUGGGCAAGUGAUGAGGACACUGGCCUGAGCUCAGUGUUUGGGUUCCUGAAGAGCAGCACCAGGAGGUCUUCAGCCCCUGCCAUCAUCAGCAAGGCUACAGGUGUUGUCAGGAUCUUCAGUAAGAACCUCCACUGGCAUCAUAUGACUACAGACAACACCCCCAUCAUUCUCCUAAUGCAUUAAAUUCCUAUUGAAUGAGACACUUACACACUAAUAUUCUUCCUGUUGUUGCUUGAAUCUCUCCUUUCUCUGUGUGGGAGUGGAAGGUGCUAAGAGAGCAGAACUGGACAUCAAAAGCUGGUUGUGAUGUCAGUGAACGGCCCUGUCAAUACAUGCCAAAGUUUGAUGCCACUCUGGUUUAGAUCAACUUUUCUUCCUGUAGCAAUUCCAAUCCAUAAUUUGGGAUCCCUCCACCUGCUUCUUUGAUGCUCAUUCAGAGACGUGAAGUUAUAACUGCAUGUUUAAUAUGCACCUGUUUUGGUGAGGGGCUUAGCAUUGGGCUGGGAAUGGUGAUACCCUCCCUCAAACCUUAAGUGACCAGCGGUGGGAUGUUUAUGGUGGACAUUCUGUCUGUUUUUCAGGCUCUGUACGCUGAAGAGCGACUCUUACUCAAGAUUGUGCUGACAACUGGAUGAAGAAUCACUUUGUAAAGUUCCAUGGCAUCACAGAACAGGCCAUGUAGUUCACUCCCACCCUCCC